AUGGCGUCAUCCGCUACCGACCGAACCGGGCCCUCUCCCCCGAGGCUCUGGAUGGUGGAAGCGAAUUCCGUCAAGAACAUGGAACUGAACGGUGCUCUGUUAACGUUAGCGUUACACGACCGGCAGAAGCAGCUGGAGAAGGAAGCCGCUGAGAGAAGGCUCGGAGGUGGGCUGGCAUUGAGUUUAGGGUUGGACGAUAUUGUGCUGUGCUUCGUGGCGUAUAAUAGCUCAGCGUUUGUGAGUAGUCUUGCCCUAAACCCUCCUGUGUAUAGUGGGCGCGGCCCUCCAGCAGAAGAGCGGUGGGGGCAGCGAGGGGGUGUCCCCUUGGGCGCGGCCCUUCAGCAGAAGGGCAGCGGGGGCAGCAGCGAGGGGGUGUCCCCUGUACUGCAGGCGCUGCUGCAGCCGCUGCUGGCGCAGUGCGGGCAGGCGCGCGUGCCUGCGCGCGUGCACGUGGAGUGGGGGCAGCGGCGGGACGAGGCGCUCUGUCAGGCCGUGCGGGCCACUGCAGCAGAACGGCUCUACGUGGGGAACAAGAGGUGGGUGGGUGGGGAUCAAGCGGGAUCUGCCAGGCCGUGUGGGCCACUGCAGCAGAACGGCUCUACGUGGGGAACAAGAGGUGGGUGGGUGGGGAUCAAGCGGGAUCUGCCAGGCCGUGUGGGCCACUGCAGCAGAACGGCUCUACGUGGGGAACAAGAGGUGGGUGGGUGGGGAUCAAGCGGGAUCUGCCAGGCCGUGUGGGCCACUGCAGCAGAACGGCUGUACGUGGGGAACAAGAGGUGGGUGGAAGCAGCAAGGGAAGUGGGUGGGUGGGUGGAAGGGGACGACGAGGUUUGUCUUCCGCCUUCUCACUCAAUCCACGCACCCCUUGCUCCGCCGCCUCCCCCCUGGCUGCAUGCUAGUGCGGACUGGGAGGCAGAGCUGCAGCGGGUGGCCAUCGGGCAGCAGAGGAUCGUGUCUCUGUGGGAUAGAGCGGAGGUGGCGGGUCGUGUGCGUGCCGGGAGUGCUGCUGCCGCCUUGGGAAGCCCUGCCCUGGCUGCCUUAGCGCCUCCAGCAGAGACGGGCGAACCCCAGGUGAAUCCUCAGGGCACCCCCCCUCCCCACCCCACCAGGGGCCGAGGCUUCUUCCCCUCUUCCUCCUCCGUCAGUGGUACUACCAGCACCAGCAGCAGCAGCAGCAAGGGGGGACAGGGGGCGCACGGGGGGUAUGGCAAGGGGACGGGGCAGGGGGAGAAGACGUAUGGUGGGGAGAGAUCUCAUGGGGAUAAGUCUCCUCUGUGGAAGGGGUUAGAGAGUGUGGCAGCUGGGUUGUCUGCUAUUCACUCUGAUAUGCAAGCUGCCAAGAGCUCAGGUGGACGUUCAGGUGGUUUCUCAGGUGGUUUCUCAGGUGGGUUUUCAGGUGGGCGGACCGGGUGGCAUUCGCACCAGGGGAGCGAGGAUUUCCAUGUGAAGGGAAACGAGUUUGAGGGAAUCGACACGAGCCUACUCAUCGUUCCUCGUAUCGCCCCAACCUCAGCCUCUGUAGGAGGUUCGGCGGCAGGCUCGGGAGCAGCUUCGGUAGGCUCGCCGUCGCCGAACGUAACCCCGCUCACAGGCCCAGUGGGGGGUAGAGGGACCGGAGGAAUGAAGGUAGCAAGGACUGUAUCCCACGAGCAAGCAAUAGGGGGAGGGAGAAAGGGAGGGAGAGAAGGAGGAAGCAAGGCAGAAAGAGAGAGCGAAAGAGGGAUUUUGAAGGGUGGAUUGGAGCAAGGGGGAAAUCACCCUGAGAAAAGCUUGAAGGGAGAGGGAUCCCCAGCUUUACCCCAGCAACCUGUGGUGGUGGGGAAGAAGCUGUGGGUGUCUGGCAGGAGGAGCAUGGGGAGUGAGGGUGAGAUGGGGGGUGGGGUCGAGGCAGUAGCAGCAGAGGUUGCAGCAGCAGUAGGGAACGCUGCAGCGGUGGCAGCAAGAGAAGGGUCAAGAGAUGGUGGGUCGUGUGGUGCUGCUAGCCCUGCUAACAGCAGCAGCAGCAGUAAUCCGGGAAUGGGGAGCACUGAGCAGCAAGCUUUCCCUAUCCCGCUUCCUUCCUCCUCGUUCUCGUCCUCCUCCUCCCAAGCCGGAUUCCAAACCAGCCGGAUAGACUCGGCGGACUGCCACCGCUUCCCCCCGGACCAGAUUCUCCGAGCCACGGGGGGCUUCUCGCCCUUGCAGCUGAUUGGCCAAGGCAGGCUCGGGCCGAGCUACCGGGGGGAGAUAUUUGGGUGCCAGGUGGCGAUCAAACUGCUGACUGUGCAUGAGGACACGUGUGGAAGAACAGACAAGAAUGAGAAGACUGAAAAGACUGCAGUAGAUGGUGCAGAGGGGGGAGGGGGAAAGCAGGAAGAGGAGCGAGUGGUGGAAGCAGAUGGUGCCGCUGUUGCCUCAUCGGGUGCGUUUGGCUCCUUCGGUUCAUCCGGUCUCCUUGAUCCGUCCACAGAAGGGGGAGGUCAAGUGUCUCGAGAGAGAGUACAAGCAGCAGUGCAAGCAGCAGUGGACGUGUUAAGGCGGCUCAGGCACCCGCACCUGCUGCUGCUGAUGGGCCACUGCCCCGAGUACCCCUGCCUUGUGUAUGAGUUCGCUCCUGGGGGCAGCCUCUCCUCCCGCCUCUCCCGCAUCCACUCCCUUAUUGCCGCUGCCACUGCUGCUGCUGGUGGUGAUGGUGGUGGUGGUUCUGGUGGUGCUGCUACUGGAGCAGAGGAGGGUGUUGGUAACAGCAGCAGCGGUGCAGGGGACGGUGCUGCUGCUUCUCCUAGUGGAGAACGGGGCAUUACCUUCGGCGAGGAGGAAGAGGAGGAGCUAGAAGCAAUAUGGCUGUCCUGGGUGGACCGGCUGCGACUGGCCUCUGAGCUGGCAGGAGCGCUGCUCUUCAUGCACCAGCACUCGCCGCCCGUGCUGCACGGCGCCGUGACUCUACAGAACGUGCUUCUGGACCGAAACUCCGCGUGUAAACUCAGCGGUGCUGGCCUCUCAUUCUCCUCGUCUCCCUUCUAUGGUAGCCUGGGGAGCAGCCCUCUCUCUGCUUCUGCCUCUGCCUCGGAUUCUGACCCCAGCAGCAGCACAGCAGUGGGAGCGGAGGGUCCAGGCCAGCAUGGCCCCAGCAGCACGGGCGUACUAAGUGACGACCUGCAUGCAUACGGCAUUGUGGUGUUACAGCUGGUAACCGGCAUCACCAGCCCCUCACUUAUCCACUCCCUCAUGCACACGCACUCGACUGCAGCAGGAGGUUCAGGGGCAGGUGGUGGGGGUGGGAUGGAUGGGCACAGGGAAGACUCAGCUGGGGAAGCAGCAGGCAGGGUGGCCGGGGGAGGGGUUUCUGGGGGAGGUGUUACCUGCGGGUUCAACCUGGCUGAGGCUGUAGACGUGUUUUUGAGCCGACUGGAUGUGACAGCAGGGGAAUGGCCGGUGGAGAUUGCAUCUGUGGUGGUGCUUCUGGCUCUGCGCUGUGCUUCGGGACAGGCAGAGCUUCGGCCGGAUCUGGCGGCUGAGGUGCAGCCGGCCCUGUCGGCUUUGGCUCGGGAAGCGGAGGAGAGUUUUGGGCGGGCAGCCCGGCAGAUGCUUAGGUCUGCCCUGAGAAGAAGGGACUUCUCUUGCUUCCAAAAGAAAGCUGUGAAGUCUCCCAAUGGCUUCCUCGAAAGAUCUCCAAGGCCAGGGGAAGUCGGCUCGAGAGUUUGGCAGCACCUUCUCGGAUCAUUCGUCUUUCAAUGGGCCUCAUGGCUAGGCCAGCUUAUGGCGGGUGCGCGCACCAAAGUUCUUGCUCUGGGCGGCUCUUUUGCCUCCACGCUGCUGCUUCCCCCGCACGCGCGCGCACCCUCCCGCGGAGGCCCCCCGCAGUUGCGCGGUGGAGUCCCCGCCCUUCCCCCAGUCACCCUCUCCGAGCCCCAGGAGCGGUGCCUGAAGCAGCUACAAACGAGGAUACAGCCGCCCUUUGAAAACGACAAGGAGGAGCAUAGAUUGGCGCUAGUAGAGCUGUGGGAGCAGGCGUAUCCGGGGCGGGUGUUGACUGAAGAGGUAGAGGUGGCGGGGUGGAAGGAGAUGGGGUGGCAGGGGAAGAACCCAGCCUCGGAUUUCAGGGGCGGGGGAUUUUUCGCGCUGGAGAAUUUGGUGUACUAUGCUCGCACGUACCCAAGGUCGUUUCAGCGCAUCAUGUACAAGCAGGAGGGUCGCCGGGUUGAGUGGGAGUACCCCUUUGGAGCAGCCGGGGUGAACAUCACCGUACUCCUUAUAAGCAUCCUCGACUUGCGCAAGGACAUUCCCGCAACAGUAGCUGGACGGGCCUUCCUGAAGAUGCUACCAGAGCACCCAACAGCGUUUGAGGACCUCUACUGUGUCACGUUUGAGAUGCUGGACGCUAACUGGCUGGAGCUCAAGGCGUCGUACAUGGAAUUCAAUGUGGUCAUGCAAGCCACACGAGCAGAGCUGGAACGCCAUAUGUGCCAGCCCAGCUUCACUGCCAUCUCCGACCUUCCCGCCUUCGCCAGACUCACAGCAGAGUAG